UUCACACUUGCCACGAAUCUACGGCGCCUAUUAAGUUGCACUAAAUGUUUUCACCACUUUGAUUCAUUUUCCUCGCUCCAUUAACAUAGCAAUAUUGUUUGGAUGGCUAUGAUGACAUCACCGGUGCUCUUCAUCAAAUAUGAAAAAUUAAAUCAGCUCAAGGAUGAAUUCAGAUCAAGACCACGUUAUUACUGACUGGUGCAGAACCAGCUAUACUUGGACAGUGAGAUGGGAAAAGAUAACAAUCUUGUGCUUGUCUGCCUACUGUUACCUGCUUACCCAAAAGGUGUAUCUUGAGGUCUUAUUUCCUGGACCAUGUGUCAUUUUACCUGAUAACCUUGAUUUGUACGAUGGUGCCACGGGAGAAAGUGAAGCGAUUAUGAGUCCAGCAGAAUGGUAAUGGACAUGAAGAACUCUGUCCGGCACACUUUUGUCCCUCUUUUUUUGAACUGUAUCUGAAAGCAAGAACAACAUACAGUUUUCAUGUGACUCUAUACAUCUUUUAAAGCCCAUUGUGGUGAAGUCUAUGUCUGUGUUUCUUUUCUUGUGUCUGUGUUAGUGGCUGUGGAUGUUUGCCUGUUCUUGUCAUUUCCUGCUGGUGAUCAAGUCAUGCCACGUGGAAGAAAUGUCAGCAACAGCUGUUGCCUCCCACUGAACCUGAAUGAAGACAAUGCCCGUUUUGGCUUGCUGGCGGCCCUCAUCCUCCUCUAUCUGCUGUGUGGGGCGGUGGUGUUCUCCGCACUCGAGCAGCCCUCUGAGCUGCAGGCUCACAGGCGCUGGGACAAUCAGCUGGCUAACUUCACGGAGCUAAACAGCAUAAACCUGAAAACCCUACAGGUCCUCCUAAAGCAAUAUGAGGAGGCCUUUGCUGCUGGCAUCAGAGUGGACAAACUUAGGCCCCGCUGGGAUUUCUCAGGAGCCUUCUACUUUGUUGCUACAGUGGUCUCCACUAUUGGCUUUGGCAUGACCACUCCCGUCACCAUUGCAGGCAAGAUCUUUUUGAUAUUCUACGGACUCAUUGGCUGCGCAGCAACAAUCCUCUUCUUCAACCUCUUUCUGGAGCGCAUCAUCACGAUGUUGGCCUACAUCAUGCGCUGGUGUCACGAGCGACAACUGCGCCGCUCUGGCAUGGGAGGAGAGGAGGCCAGGAGUGAGGAUGACAGUCUGGAAGGCUGGAAACCAUCAGUCUACUACGUAAUGCUCAUUUUGGGCAUCGCCGCCAUGCUGAUUGCAUGCAGUGCUUCUGCGUUGUACUCUGCCAUGGAGGACUGGGACUACUUUGAGUCCUUGUACUUCUGCUUCGUUGCAUUCAGCACCAUUGGCUUCGGAGAUGUAGUGAGCAGCCAGCGAGAGAUCUAUAAAGCUCAGGAGGCCUACCGUUUAGGCAACUGCCUCUUCAUCCUCAUGGGUGUUUGUUGCAUUUAUUCCCUGUUCAAUGUAAUUUCCAUUAUUAUCAAGCAGACGCUCAACUGGAUCCUCGGCAAACUGGACUCCAGCAGGGCUCAGUGUCCCUGCAGUGGCCGUCCAUACAGAAGAAGAAGUCGGGCCUGCUGUUGCUUUCCAUGCAUUUCCAACCAGCGGCACAACCACCACCCUCCACCGGGACAUUCCCGGCAGAGGGCUCAAAAGCGCAAUGCCGUGCACCCUGCCCCGGCUAACGAAGCGGCAGGAAAGCGCUUCACUAAUGCAUCAGUGGAAACAGUUUGUGAUAGUGAGACUGAUGUUGGCUUAGGACCAGAUGGAGGUUAUCUGACAGGGCGCAGACUGUCUGGAGAAAUGAUCUCAGUCAAUGACUUUAUGACCAACAAGGUUUCUCUGGCCAUUCUACAGAAGCAACUCUCAGAGACCGCUCACGGUAAUCCAAGACAGAGCCAUGUUCGCCAUAACGGCUUCUCCGGUGGAGUGGGAGCCUUUGCUAUCAUGAAUAACCGCCUUCAGGAGACAAGUGUCGACAGGUAGAUCGGUCAUACAAAGAUGACAUUGGAUAUUGCACAUUAAAGAUAACUUUUAGUAAGGGUUGACUGAAAUGAGAAUGGUUUUCAAGUCUCUGAAUUUGAAUUGCAGUUGAGUUGCGGUAACAAACAGGAUCCGGAAUUGUAAUUCAAAUUUGAAUCUAAAGGAAGUAGAGUUCAAAUGAAUUGAAAUGCAAAGAAGUGU